AUGAAAACAAAAUCAAAUAAUUCUAACGAUCGCGUUAGUUCACAACAAGUGAAAAAUCUUCAACUUGAAUCAUUAUAUUUACGUGAAACUCGCACACGUAUUCAAGCAUGGAAAAGGUAUCAAAAUGAGAUAUCUCAACAACACUAUAAUUGGCCGCCGCCAAUUAAUGGUAAAACCUAUAAUAAACGUGAAGAAUCUAUUUAUAAUAUCAACACCCAUGAUUAUAAUUCUAAUUCAUGGUUUGAUCGAAGGUUAUAUAAAAAUGAUCUAAUUAAAGCUACUCAACGACGUCAUAGACUUUUUGAUUUGAACAAACCUUCGCCAGAGAAAAAAACAAAACUUGAUAAUGAAAUAUUGCAAUUAAAACAAAAAAUUGUAACAUUUCAAUUAAAUGAUGUAUGUAGCAAACCAAUGUAUCCUAUUCAACCAUCAGUUCGUUAUCUUUUAUAUAACGGUACAAGUAAAGAACUUGAAGGUCGUGUAAAUUAUUUGAAUCAUCGAAAGCUUUAUGCACCUGAUGAGAAAUAUUAUCAACCAUUAUGUACAUCUUGGGAUAUAACAUGGAAUUUAAAAGAUUUAUAUGAUAGUUUUAUUUACAAAUAUUAA